AUGAAGACUUUAUUCUGUGCAGUUCUGAUUUGUAUGUCCUUUUCACUGGCAAAAGGUCAAUGUUUAGAUGACAAUGAUUUCAGAAUAGUGAGAAGCUGUGAUGGAUCGGUCAGGUCUGGAUCUUAUGUUUUUGUCGAUAUGAAUAAAAUAGGCCGCCCAUGUACCUGUACUGUACACUCACUGUUUGUUGGUGAUCUACUUGUGACAUCAUAUAAAGUAACAACACAGUGGUGUAAUACUAAAGUUAUAGUAAACAACGAAAUUAUUUUUACCUGCAAUCAAACUAUAUCUUCUACGUUUAAAGUCAGAGUGAACGACAAACUUACUAUAAGGACAGAAGCUAUGGCAGGGAACAAUAAAUAUAGCUUUAAACAAUGUGUUGGAUUCAGUGAAAAAGGUGGACGAGGAGGAAAUUUAAGUGUAACUUGUGGAGCACUACCUAGCGAAGUAACAACACCAACAUUUUAUACAACCACUACUUCAUCCACUAUAAUUUAUUCAUCCACUCUACAUGUUAUCGCAUUGUCUGCAGCUGGAGGCAUUGUUUUAUCUGUCUUUCUGGUAGUGUGCAGCUUUAUCAUGUUUAGACGAAGGAAUCGAAAAAAUAAAGCGGUAUAUCAGGAUGUGCAAUUAACACUUUCGUAUAAGGUUUUUGACAGCAGCAAUGAACUACCAGACAACCCUUUGUAUAACACCUGUCAUUCUGAAGAGGAAGUGGACUUACAUUCGACAUCGAAACAGAACCAAGAAAUUGCUUCACCUCAGCAGAAAGCUUUAAACACUAUGCGUCGAAUCGAUCUGGAUUAUGACGUACCAUCAAAUAGCAAGCCCAUAGAUCAGGAUGCCCCAGCAAUGUCAUUGUAUGAAGUUCUGAACACUGGAUCUAUUAAACGUGAUUUAUCACCAACGCCCCUUUAUGCAGUUCCAAACAACAGCUUUAUAAACCGUGGCCUAUCACCAACGCCUAUAUAUGCUGUUCCUCAAAAGAACCCUGAACGUCUCCCAGAAGUCAAAGAUGGAAACGUUAAUAAUCAGUAUUAUAGCAUGGCCAAAAAUCCGUUUUAAUCAGUGAAAUAAAAUAAUUAAACAAAAAAUGACGUCAGUG